UGAAGUAUGUAAACAAUUUUUGAGAUUGCUCUUAAAUAAUGAAAGAAAGUCAAAUCUGGUGAAGAAAACUCGAAUAUCGAUGACAUAAAGAAGUGCGAUACAUUAAUAGGAAAUAUGUUAUAAAUUUCAUGGAUAUACUGGCUUUUCAUGUGAUGAUGCUUUGACGUAAAAUUUAGAAAUGAAUGGUUUUCUUUAUAUGAUCACCAUGAUCAUGUUCUUUUUGUAUCUUAUUUUUGAGUCAUGGUGUAUGUGGAAAUAAUAAAGAGAUACCUCCAGAAAAAUGCUACAUUUUUCACAUCAAUAUAAGAACGAACUGUGAAAAAAAUGAAGGAAAACCGACAGAUGAUGAUAUCGAGAAAGUAAAAAGUAUUCUUACUUCAGAUUUUGAUAAAACUGACAUGGAACUAACAUGUAAGACCUCUACGGUGACAAAGGAAAAAAUUCGUUUUCAAAAUGUUGCUCCGUGCCAUUUAAAUUUGUCUUUUAUAAUUGAACCAAAAGGAUCAAAAAAUUUAGCGUACAACUGCGGACAAAAUAUGUUACAUCAGGGUUUGCCAAAAGCUUUCCAAAGUUUGGUUGCAAUACCAGUAACUUCCAAGGAUUAUAGAAUAAAAAGUGAUUCCUGUUGUGAAAAAGAAGAUUUUACUGAGAAACCUUGCUGCAGGAAAGGCUACACACUAAAAAAUGAAAGUUGUGUGAAAGAUUGUUCUACAACAGGCGAAACAAAUUUGAUGACAAGAGAGCCUGAUGACGACUGUCCAAAAACAUCUAAAAUUUCACUCGGUGUUAAAAUAGCAGUUGGUGUCAGCGGUUUUCUUGUACUGGUGUGUAUUGUCUUGGCGGGUAUUUGUGCAAGGAAGUAUCACAAUACGAGGCGCAAAGAUGAAAACGAUUUAGAAACUAACGUUGAUACAUCUACGAAUGGAGAGAACCAAAAUGAAGAUUCAAAUAAUCAAUCUUUGGAAUAUAUGGAGAUGAAUUCGCCUCGUCAACGUCGUCCUAUAUCUCAUUCGGAAUUAUGUUUCACUUUAAAAAGAUAUAUUCCAAAAAGCGAUAUACAAUUUACUAAAAAGACACUCGGACGUGGUCAAUUUGGGCAAGUGGAGCAUGCUUAUGUUAAAAUAGACAAUACUCAAAUGCAAUGUGCGAUUAAAAUGAUACGAGGUCGAGGAACUGAUGAUGAUCAAAAAGCACUUUUUGAUGAGCUGGAAAUACUGAACGAAAUCACACAUGAAAAUGUAGUCAGUCUUCUUGGAGCAUGCGUAGAUGAAAAUAGUCCUCUAUAUGUGGUGAUGGAGUAUUGUGAAAAGGGAAAUCUACUCAAGUAUCUUCAACAUCAUAAGUACAGCUCAAACACUUAUGUAAAUUAUGACGUUGAAACUUUGGAUUUUCGAUGGAAAAUCCGUAGAGCGAUAGAGAUAUGCAAAGGAAUGAUUUUCUUGUCCCAGAAAAAGAUUGUUCACCGUGAUCUUGCUGCCAGAAAUAUUUUACUUAACAAUGACGAAGUAGCAAAAAUUUCCGACUUUGGUUUGGCGAGAGAUGUUUAUCUUAGACGACAGUACCAUAGAACAAAAGCGGGUUUUCUUCCACUGAGGUGGAUGGCGAUCGAGGCUCUAGAAUCGUCAGUUUAUACCACGAAAAGCGACGUAUGGUCAUUCGCUAUUUUACUUUGGGAGUUGUUCAUGGACGGCCAAACCCCUUACCCGAAAGUAGCUGACAACAACAUCUUGCUGGAGGAAUAUUUGAAGACAGGAUACAGAAUGCCACAACCUGAAAAUUGUCCCGAUUCUUACUACAAUUUAAUGGAGAAAUGUUGGUUACCACACCCAGAUGGUCGACCGAGUUUUGCCCAAGCAUUGAGAACAUUAAAUAUUAUCGAAGAAGAAGAAAUGCGACGUGAAUCACAGUCAAGUCGAAUGACUGAGAUUAGUGACAUGGAUUUGUCUGUCAAUAUAAACGAAGAAGAGAGAAACAAUGAAGAGAGACAAGCAGUUGACAAACUACCACGAGAGACUGUUGUUGAGCUGGGUAUUGUCAAUCAAGGGCGUGACACAAACAGUGACAAUCAAAUGGACACAAUGGACAAAAGUCACUGUUGAUAAAAAAACAACAACAAAUAUACCCGUUCUUAGAUGGCAGAUACCGAGUCCACACAGAAUAAAAGAAUUUCAUAAAAGUACUGCUGUUCUUUAUUGGUAUUAUUGUAUGUGCAUAAAUUGAGAAAAACUACUUAAAUAUAGGUUGUGUUUUUCGAAUGACAUAAGCAAAUGUUUUGCAAUUUAAAUGUGACACAAGAAUGAUUAUAAAUAUUUUAAUUUUGUGAACAGCUUUUUUAAUAGUAUCACACACGCGUUGUUUGACUUUGAGAAUCAGCAGAAAGCAAAGUCUUUUUGCAAGUGAUGUUGGCUGAACGAGCUGAAGAGGACAAGUUUUGGUAAAUUGGUUUGAUAUUCUUUGCGAUAUUUUUUAACAGCUAUAAAUCAUUACACUCGUUCUCCCAUUAUCUUUAUUCAAAUGCUUAUUUUAACUACUUCUGACUUCGUUGUUUUUCAUUAUGAAAAUGAAAGACUUUAUCAAUAACAAAGAAUUCUUUUCAUGCAAUAACAAUUUAAGAAAUAUGUAAAUACUUAUAUAUAAUCCAACGGCUACCGUUAAAAUUUCCAAUCCUUAUGAUCUGAUGAUUGGUGGUUGGUCAAAAGGAAUCGUUGAAAUAGCAUAGAAAAUAUUCAAACUUUUGGAUGUGUAUAUAUAACGUAACAGUUCGCGAAAACGAACAAACGUCUUUGUGUUAUCAUAUUAAUUAUGAUCAUCAACGUUGCAAUAAAACUAUAAAUUUGAUUUA